GAGGAGAGGGAGGAGAUAGCGUGGAGAGAGGGAGAGGGAGGCAGGGAGGAGAUCUGGAGUUGUAGGCGGCGCCUUCGCCUCUUAUUCCUUUCCCGCCAUGGACGCCCCUGCAGAGAGCAGCGCGGGAAACUGCGUCGUGAUUAGGGAUACUGACCCUGGCUACGACCUCUGCAAGUUUUGCAUCCCCACUCACUACAUGGAUGACCUGGACCGGGUGUUCAUCCCACACGGACUCAUCAUGGACAGGACGGAGCGGUUGGCGCGGGACAUCCUCAAGGACAUGGGCGGGCACCACAUUGUGGCGCUGUGCGUCCUCAAGGGCGGCUACAAGUUCUUCGCCGAUCUCCUCGACUUCAUCAAGGCGCUCAACCGCAACACGGAGCAGUCCAUCCCGCUCACCGUCGACUUCAUCCGACUCAAGAGCUACUGCAACGAUCAGUCGACGGGACAGAUCCGGGUGAUUGGCGGCGAUGACUUCGGCACAUUAACUGGAAAGAAUGUGCUCAUCGUUGAGGACAUCAUUGACACAGGCAGGACCAUGCAGACGUUGUUGAGCAUGCUGAAGGACUACAAGCCCAACAUGGUGAAGGUGGCCAGUUUGCUGGUAAAGCGGACGCCGCGCAGCGUGGGAUACCGCCCGGAUUAUAUCGGCUUCGAAAUCCCGGACGAGUUUGUUGUGGGAUACGCGCUGGACUACAACGAGUACUUCCGGGACCUCAAUCACAUCUGCGUGAUCAACAACCACGGCAAGGAGAAGUACAAGAACAACUGUGCCUGAGCACCGUGUGCCAGCCGCCACAGCAGCAGCAGCAGCACCCCGCACGCCCGCCCGCACGCCCGCCCGCACACCCGCACACCCGCCCGCCCGCACGCACGCCCACCCCUGCACUGCCGCGACCCGCGUUGGUUUUCGGAGUUGACUCCGCUUAAGGCGCCACUCUCCCGCCGCGCGUCCCGGGUUGCGCGCCGUUCCGCGUUCGGUUCCCGAUAAUUAGCUGCCGAGCGACGGCACGUGUGGCAGAACCGAGUUGGUUUUUUUUCUUGUUUUCCUGUGGAAGCGGCCAGAGGGCGAAACGUCGGACCUCGUGCCGAAAAUGAAAUUCGGCAUGACCGGAGGACACGGCGGUGGCGGAUAGCUGUGCCCGCCCCCCCCACCCCCCCCACCUCCCUCACCUCCCUCCCAACCUCGUUUAGAUGUCAAGCGGAGACGCUGGAUUUGGACGUUGGAGGGAGUUGUGUCACGCGGGCAGCCGGGCGGCUUUUACCGAGGCGCUGCUGCCCUUCACAUAAACCUCAUGGAUAUCAUUAUUAUUAUUAUUAAGUUAUAAUUUGUCAUAAAGUAAUUCGAAUGUAUGUGUACCCCUCAUUGUCAAACUACUACUGAUGAAGGAGUUCCCCACCCUGCUCCCCCCACCACCACUACAGUGUCACUGGCGGUGGGGGGAGAGGGAAGUAUGUUUGACCAUACUUCACCAAGCUGGUCACUGGGUUUCUUAAGUUUGUGCUGAUUAUUAUAAUAUUGUUAUCACUUUAUAAUCAUGGUUGAAUGGUUGGCGUGAAGCUCUCUCGCCAGGCACUUUCGUGGUUUCCCAAUUCAGGUUGACUCUCAGGUUCUCGCCAUCCACGCGUUGAAUCGCUUGUGGGGGGGUGCGGGUAAAAAAAAAAAACCCCCACAGAUAAUUAGCGGCAUUUCUUCGAGCAAAUUAUCCCGUUGGCUAAUUUCGACCGUAGCGACGCUGCGCUUUAUUGUCGGUUUGUUUGCUCGUGUAAUGCGUUGAAGUCUGCGUGUGUGUGUGUGUGCUAGAGCCAGUGCUCCUCAACGUGUACGCGUUGUAGGUAAUCGCGGUUUCUCGUCACCCCCUGUAACCACUAGAAGGCAACGGCAUUCGCCAGUAGCUUUUUUUUCUAUUCGAACGAAAAAAAAAUCGAUUUUAGAACCCAAAUGCGACGCGCUGAUAUUCAUCGAAAUCUUUCCCAUGGGGGGUGGGGGAGGGGCUGAAUGUAUACAGAGCCCGCCACGGAGCUAAACGAAUAAAACGAUGGCAGUUUGAUGGUAAGACAAAAAAAAUGCUGAGAAAAAUAACCAAUCAUUUUCUCAAUUUGUGACCCAUGAAUCCAGACAAUUCCAUGGGGGGGGGGGGGGGGAGUGGGUGGUGGUGGGGCCAAAUCAAUCAUCACGUGCCUGGUUAUUACUAUGGCAGUGGAGUGUCUCGGUAGCAAUGUUUGAGAGUUAACCCCCCCCCCCCCCCUGUCCAGUGUGUUCUGCACGAGCGGCCAAUCCGGGCCGAGCCCAGCCCGUCGCGAGCCCCCCCAUGUCUUCAUUCAUCCCCCCACCCACCACCACCGUCCGUCCUCAAUGCAUUUCAAUUAUAACAGUCGUCACGAUGCAACUCGCAAAGCCCUUUUAGUUUGCCUUCACUGGUGCAUGCGAAUCGUCGUGAGUCGUGGUCGAUCCACUGCCAGGUGAAGGCCGCCCCAAGUCUACGCACGCUCUAUAUCUCGCGGUCCAGCUGCGCAACAAAUCUUUCGUCUCGCUCUCACGAGCCGGCUCCGUUGCCAAUCUCCCAAUUCAUAGGCACUCGCGCGUGCGCACGAGUGUGUUACGUUUAUCGUUGAAUCUUUACGUUUCCUAUGAGGACCGGGCCGUCCACAGCCGUUGCACCAAGUUCACGGGAGCCAACGCAGCCGCUCACGGAUUCUGUGUGCACCGCUAGGGAAACAUAAACAAAUCUCAUGUAAUAGUGAACCCCGAAGCAUCGUGUGAUUUGAUGAAUCGUGCGUUUCCGCCUGCUGCAAGACAUCGGUGCUCCUGUGUUGAUAUGAUUUUUUAUCUUUUACAGCCAAAUAUUUUUUCACGCCGUGUGUAAAAUGGUAACGCUUUUACCGUUUUAUGGACGGCGAGGCUGUAAAGUAAUCGAGUGAAACCAUUUUAUUUUCUAAAGUAUAUAUACACAUUAUAUGUAAAUGUAAUAUAUACAUUGUGUGCGCUUGUUGUUGUGUGUGAACGGUAAUUGUGGAUGGCAGGGGGCAAAUCCAUUCAGUCCUCCGCUAGCCGCGUAGGAAUAAGCCAACCCUCGAGUGGCAGGCAGGGCCAACCCAGGGUUUCCUGGAGGCCUGGGGCUGUAUGCCCCGGGGGGGGGGGGCAGAAUGCCAAUUGGCGGGGGGGGGGGGAUGUAGCUCUUAUUAAUUCGCGACUAAAACGAAAAAGAUCUAUGGGGGAGGAGGGGCUCUUGUUUGAGGUCUUGGAGGAAAAAUUAUCCCCUUUUGCCUCACGGUGUGGGGGGUGGGGGAUGUGGACGGCGCAUCGAUCGGUACCGGUCUUUUUUUAUGCUCGCGAUUUUCACGCGGCGUGGAAUCGCGCGCGCAAGAAAACAACGGUCUGCCCUUGUCGUACGUUGUUGCGUAUAAUCGGGUUCACGUGAUCGCCACCGACCACCCCCUGGAGGCCGCUACAUUCGCCAAAACAAAUUUAAAAUAUUUAUAAUAUAUACACAAGAGUUGAUUCUCGAGUCGAAUCGUGACCCUGAAUUGCAACAAUUCAUGCGCGAGUUUUCGCGGGAGGGGGAGUACUGAAUCGAUGCACCCCUAGGGUAGUUAUCGUAUCAGCAAUUGCUGAUUGUGGCUUUGGUUCAGUUUCGUGAACGCAGCACAAUGUCGCAUAUCCGACUCGCACGGGGGGGGGGGGGGGGGGGGGGACCAGGGUAUAGGCCGCUAUGUGAACCGGUCGAUUACGGGAACAUCCACAGAAAUGUAUCGUUAAACACCGCGCACGAACCUCGCACUGUUGUGUGCACGUGCAUAGGCGGCGGUGGCGUCGCAGUGGUUAGUGCUGCGCUACGAACCUGGCGACCCGGGCUCGAUUCCCGCUCACGGCCAACGUCAGUCACGAAUAUCCGAACUGGUCCUGGGUCCUCACCUAGGUCGACUCGGUCUCAAAUGAGUACCUGGUGCGGCAAAGGCGGCCGAGCGUGUGGUGCUGGCCAUCCAUCCCCUCGUGUGCCGUGGUAACCUUCAUAGGUGCUCGCUAACCGGACUUUCCCCAACAGUCUGUUGAAGCUAUACGGUGGGUCUUUGUCCAGUUGAAAUGACUGGUCAGGGCGGAUAUGCAACAUUGUACUGUAUACCUCGUGCGUUUUGCUCUUGAAAAGAUACGCAAAGGGAACGCAAUGUGCUGCGUGGGCCACAGGCGAGAGAUUUUAAUUCGGUUGAUUAGCUUGGUUUUUGUUUGAAGUCCUCAGGAGGUUUUGUUUUUGGUCAGCAUGUGUUGUAUUUUCCCAGUAUUUUAUUUUAUCACGCACACUCUCGGACGACCGCUUUGUGUGCGCACGCGUGACAUAUGGCACCUUCAGCCAUUGCGAUUUCUCCAUUGGCGGAGCGUUAAAAGAAAAAAAGGUUACAUUUGAAUCUGCAUGCGUGUUUUUGGUGUGUAAGCCCCGAACUUUAAUGGUGAAUGAUAAAUAAUAUGAUGAUGAUAAUAAUAA